UUUUUAACGUCACUUGUCAUUAACUCCUCAGUAUGAUCGCUUUAUUUACACAGUAAUUAAUUUGCUUCAUUUAUUAUUAUUAAUUAAGUGUUUUAUUUGUAAAUAUUUAAAGUGAUAAUGAAAAUUUAUUUAAAUAUUGGGUUUUGUUUUUUAUUGUUUGGAAUUAUUUAUACUAAAGAUUUUCAACCGGACUCAGUAACAAUUUCACUAGAUACUUUUAAUAGUUCGCAUCUCAAUGGCCAAGCGUUUUACAAUAAAACAAUUUUACCAGCUUUUAUAAAUACUUCAGUACUAAUCAGUAACAUUCCGACUGAAUUAUCGUUUAUCAUAAUUCAAGUACAUGCUCAAGAAAAAAAUCUUACGCUUAGUAUGCAAAAUGCUCAAAAUAAAAUAACGCAAAUAAAUGGCUCGAAUAUCGGGCUGCAGUUAGACUCGAAAGAUAUAGCAUACACCCAAAUAAAUGUGAUAAAUAAUAAUAAUAAGACUGUACCAGCCUUGAUAGCUAUUACUGCUUAUACUUUACAAGCUCCAGUUCCGGGAGGAUGUAACAUGGAAUUUGAUAUCGAAGUAUCGCCUUAUCAAAAAUUAUUAUUGACGAAUUCCACAGUAAUUAUUGACUCGCAGCCAGCAUCUGCUUCUCUUAUCAAUGGAUUUAAAUUACCAUGCGAAAAAAAUUUAAUAACUUAUGAAGCUUAUCGUCUGUACACUGACGAAAGUGACUUUAGUAAUGAGACAUAUUUUUCUACUAUCAUUAAAAUGCUUACUGUUGAUGAUAUAGUAAAAAAUGGCGCCAAGGUACCAACAUUAUUUUACACGUCACCAAUGCGAAGAAUUUACAGCUCAUACCCAGGAGUAGGAUCUGCUUACGUAAUGAUCGCAACAUUUAAAAACCAUUCAUCAGCAUACGUACCAAUAUUUUCUUACUCCUGUACUCCAUUUUCCGAUGACAAGUCUUGUUAUUAUUUAAACACAACAAUAUCAAAAGUACUUUGUGCCUCUGUACUAUUUUUCGGAAUAUUCCUAACAUUCAUAACUCGUCGUCGCUAUGAAGUCGAAUUAUUUUUACUCGGCUGUUUAGCUGGUGGUAUUGUCGGCUAUACAAUAUUUCAAGACAAUGAACUAGACAGCACAUUAACGAUAAAUUUAUCAAUAAUAAUUGGAAUAAUAAUGGGUUCAUUACUGGUAAUACUCUGGUGUAUGAAAGGAAUGCCAUGUAUUGGAAUUCUUCAAGCGUCAUUGUUCCUCGGUGCUUUGGUGGCCAGUACAGCGUACUUAGGAAUGCCAGAUGGCCAACUACCAUUAGUUAAUGACACAAUAUUUUGGAUAAUUUACGCAACAAUAAUAAUAAUUGUGCUAUUAUUACUUUGUAUAUUUUCCCCGAAUUCAAAUAUUAUUUGUUGCGCUUUUAUUGGCGCGUUCGCCAUUAUUUUGCCGAUUGACUACUGGAUUGGCUCGAGUUUCAAAUACAUUAUUAUCAAUACCGUACGGAGGAUUACAAUCCAUGGAUUUAACGUCGCUAUUAUUCAUCCACCCUUCCAAUCCAAAGACAUAUGGCUAUCAAUCUUCUGGGUACUGUUGGCUCUACAGAGUAUUCAUUUGCAAAGAAAAAGAUUAAAUGGCACUCCAUUAUUUCCACGUCGUGUCGAUUAUAAUUCAAUUGACUCUGAAAGUUCUUAUCCAAUUAUUGCUGAGGAACCUCAUCAUCAACGCACAUUUUUAAUUGGAAGUAAUAUUAAUAGUGCUAGAAAUUACACCACGUUUUUGAAGUAAAAGCUCAAUAUUUUUAUACAAAAGUUAUCUAUUUUAAAUAUAUAUAUUUUUUUAUAUUAAGUGUUAAUCAUUAAUUCUUUGAGUGUCAAUUACCAUUAAUUAUUUUUUACUACACCGCCAUCUAGUGAGAAACUUUUACCAUGCAUAGAAAAUAAAAAAAAAAAAUUUUAAUACAAUUUUUAUCUACGGAAUUCAAAUAUUUACAAAAAAAAAUUUUGAAAAAAAUUUUCUACAGUCGGAGUCCAUUGACUCGAAUAAUCCUGAAGUUUACAAUUUUUGAAUUUUUUUUUUCAAUAGAUAAAUGACAAAAAAAAAAAAUCUAAAAACAUGCACAUGUAGAAAAUUAAAAAAACUGUAGGUGCAAUUUUUUUGAAUAUUUUUUUUUUUCAUAAUUCAUCGUUUAGAUAAAAUUCAAAAAUUAUGAAACGUCAGCUAACUUCCGUAUCAUUAUCUCGGAACUUUCCCUCAAUUUGACCCCCACUACUACGCUGUCUCCCACCCGAUGCUAUACAUUUAUGUCUGUAUAUAUUUAUAUAUAUCUAGCACACACGUAAGAGCGCAUGCGUGAUAGUUUACUUUUUCCGGAAAAAGGGGCAUCGGUAAACUCGGGAAUCCCAGAAAAAUUUCCGCUCCUCCGUAGACUGUCCGAGUUAUUGGAAUUCGACUGUACUUAUAUUUAAAAAUAAAUGUAUAACCUAAAAUACUUAUCAAUCUUGAGCCGCCAUUUUGAAUGGCUGCCUUCCAUUUUGAUUAGAAUUUAAAACGCAUAGAUAUUUGUAUUAAUUUUUACUUAAAAAUUAAAUUCUACAUGGAAAUAAAAAAAAAUAUUAAUAUUUUGACACUCGAAGAAUUGAAUAAAAAAAAGUUUAUUGAUAAAAUUGAAUAAUAAGAGAAGUCAAAUUACCUGAC